GCGGCGAUUUGCGUUGACAGUCCUGCUCCGACCGCGGAUGAACAGGCUGGCAUCCCAGUCAUGCUCUCGGCGUUAGGCUCCCUGGCGGCCGCCCUCUGGGCAGGGUUCCAUCUGCGUUCUCUCCUGCUGGGUGCCGUCGCCUUUCUGUUCACUGCUGAUUUCCUCAAGAGGCGGCGCCCAAAGAACUACCCGCCUGGACCUCCUUGGCUUCCCUUCGUUGGCAACUUUUUCCAACUGGGCUUUAAGCAGCAGCACCUGCAGCUUCAGCCGAGCCAUGGUACCAAGAUCCUGGAGCCCUUCUUCCCAUCUGGAGAGACGGGCAGAGUGGUUUCCGGGACCAAGCUUGUAAAGAAAUAUGGGAACCUUCUGAGCCUGGAAUUUGGUGACUUCCCUUUAGUAAUUGUAACUGGAUUGCCCUUAAUCAAAGAAGUCCUUGUCCACCAGGAGCAAAACUUUAUGAACCGUCCCAUGGCUCCUAUCCAAGAAUACACCUUUAAGAAAGAUGGAUUAAUCAUGUCCAGUGGCCAGACCUGGAAGGAGCAAAGAAGGUUUGCCCUGUCAACACUAAGAAACUUUGGCUUAGGAAAGAAGAGCUUAGAGGAACGCAUCCAAGAGGAGGCCUACCACCUGACAGAGGCAAUAGAAGAGGAGAAAGGACAGCCUUUUGACCCUCACUUCAAGAUCAACAAUGCAGUUUCCAAUGUCAUUUGUUCCAUUACCUUUGGGAAGCGCUUUGAGUACCAGGAUAUUCAAUUUCAGGAGCUGCUGAAGUUGCUGGAUGAGAUCACAUAUAUAGAAGCUUCAAUGCAGUGCCAACUCUACAAUUUAUUCCCACGGAUAAUGAAAUUCCUUCCUGGAUCUCACCAAACACUCUUUAGAAAGUGGGAAAAACUGAAAUUAUUUGUUUCUCGUAUAAUUGAAGAACACAAGAGAGAUUGGAAUCCUGAUGAAUCAAGAGACUUUAUUGAUGCUUAUCUCAAAGAAAUAGCAAAGAAUUCAGGCAGUGCUUCUUCAGGUUUCCGUGAAGAAAACCUCAUCUGCAGCACCCUGGACCUCCUCUUGGCUGGAACAGAGACAACUUCUACCACGUUGCGCUGGGCUCUACUUUACCUGGCAAUCAACCCAGAAAUCCAAGAGAAAGUACAAGCUGAGAUCGACCGAGAGAUUGGCUCUUCGCAGCAGCCCAGCAUAGCCGACCGAGAGCGCCUGCCCUACACCAAUGCCGUCAUCCACGAGGUGCACAGAAUGGGCAACAUCCUCCCACUGAACGUGCCCAGGGAAGUGGUGGCCGAUACCACAGUGGCUGGGUACUACCUGCCCAAGGGGACCAUGAUCGUCACCAAUCUGACAGCGCUGCACAGGGACCCCGCAGAGUGGGCUACCCCUGACACAUUCAAUCCGGAGCACUUUCUGGAGAAUGGACAAUUUAAGAAAAGGGAAUCCUUUCUGCCUUUCUCAAUCGGAAAAAGGGCAUGCCUUGGAGAACAGUUGGCCAGGUCUGAACUGUUCAUUUUCUUCACUUCCCUGAUGCAAAAAUUUACCUUCAGACCUCCAGACAAUGAGAAGCUGAGCCUGGAGUUCAGAAUGGGAAUCACCAUUUCCCCAGUCAAACACCGCCUCUGUGCCGUUCCCAGGGGAUGAGGUUGUUGGGGAGGGAGAAGGGAAAGGAAAGCAGGAAGAAACAUGGACUAUGUUCUGAAGACACUGGUGCCUGCUCAGAAGUGGAGGAACAGAAUGAAAGUGACCCUGAGGAAAAGACACAGGAAGUGGACUUAGAAGAAACUGACAUCCAAUCUGUGACAUCUCCUUUGAUAUAGACGUAGACAAAUCAUUUAUAUUCUAAUUGAUUUUCCUUUUCAUCAAAUGAAAAUGAAAUGAAAUCUCCUGGAUGAUGGGAUGAUAAUGAUUUUUUCCCUAAUGAGAGUUGCUAUAAGAAUCAGAGGAAGUAAUGGACAUUAUAUGUUUUGUAAACCAUAAAGCAUAUCAUAAAAUUAUAGUUAUUACCUGCCUCCCCCUUGCUUGGUCACGUAGUUGCUAUGGACUGUUGAUAUACCUCAGUUCGUUCAAAGUGGUACAAAUGGUUGAUAGGAGUCAGAAGUUAGAAUCUGGGGCCAAGCCAUAGAUGUUCACCUUAAAGACUCACAUGUGGGCGUGGUGCAUGUUUCAUCUCACUUUUGCCUCCGAAUGGCCUUUUGGGGUCAGCAGGGCAGAUAUUGUUCCCUAUUUACAAGCAGGGAAAGCAGAUAUUGUUGAAGCAGUUGCUGUGGCUUAUAUAAGGAAACACUACUUUGGCGUUGGACUCAGGGUCAAGUAGGAUAUGACCAUAAUUAAAUAAACCUGGGAAGCAGGUUUAGGGUAAAAGUGUGGAAAUAUUUUCCAUCUUUAAGAAUGGCUAGAUUACUCAACCUCCUUGCCUUAAUCAUGCCAUCAGGCAUUUAUUCCCAUGCUGAUUCACAUCAUGAUUUAACUAUGUAGUGGGUGUGCAUCUCUCAACUAGGCUGUAAGCUUUUGGAUGGCAAGUAUUACCAGCCUACAUUCACCCGGGCCUUCAUAGAGUAUAAUAUAGCAGAGAACCAGAAAUGCAACAAUCCUCUUCCACCUCUCAGUGUGUGAUUACUCGGGGAAGACGAUGGCCAUAAAAUGGAAGAUCAGGUAAUACUUAGUUUGUCCCCAACUCCCAUGCAAGCAAGCAAACAAGAAAACCUUGUGAACUGGACUAAACUAUAGGAAAAGAUCUUUUUUUCCCAAGUUAAUUAGACUUGAGUAAUUUAAAGAGCUUGGAGCAAAACAAUAUGCCUCAUUUUCUUUAUCUGUACAAUGAAGCACUUUAUUGAGUUCCGUUCCUGCUGCAAAUUUCCCAUGCUUCUAGAUGGGCAAGUACUCGAUCACUACUUGUGGGAUCAAUGUAAAACCACUGGGGAUUCAUCCUGACCUGAUGGGUGGAAUUGGACCCUGGACAAAGGAGGGCAUGACCACCAUUAACCAGAAUCCUUGGGGAAAUAGAAGACUGUGAGUAAUGGAAUUUUAUGGCCCCAUGAAAUGCCUCUUUUUUUUUUUUCUCAAAUCUUGUUGAGACUGUAAAAUAUGAGCUCAAUUCCUGUUUGAGCAUUAUACAAAGAUUUUGUAUACUCACUUUUCUACCUCUCUUAUACCCCCAUCUAUUUGGGACAUCUUAGGCCCUUUACCCCCAAACAGUGUCUGGCAAGUAGUGUGCAAGCAAAAUAACAUUUUCUUUGGCAUCAUAGAAGAGGCACACAUUUAAUGGAAAGGCAACAUAGAAUGUCAAUGUUCUCUCCUCCACUGUCCUGCAAAGAUAGUUCAAAUUUAAAAUCAAGUUGGAGAUCAGUGGGCUUAACAAGCAGAGCAGUAGCAGGACACACACCCCAAGUUCUUACAGAAAUGUGCUCGGGUCGGGCAUAGCUAUAUUGCAUGGAUCAGAGAGAGGCCUCCAGGAGAGGGACCCACCCUCACAGUGCCCCACAUGUUUAUAGACAUGGAGGAGGGGCUGGCUAGGUGACCAAGUAACAAGGUGUUUUAGUUUGCAAGGCUGCUCAAAACAGAUGCCAUGAAAUGGGUUGGCUUUAACUUUGGGAAUUUAUUAGCUUACAAGCUUACGCUUUUGAAGCCUUGAAAAUAUCCAAAUCUAGGCACCAUCACAACAAUGCUCUCUUCCUGAAGACCAGCUCUCCCUGAUCCUGCACACAUAGUAAGGCACAUGGUGGUAUCUGCUGGUCUCUCUCUUCUUGCCAGGUUUCCUUGCUUUCAACUUCUUCCUUCUAUGGCUUUCUCUCUUUCUGCCUGAAUUUCAUUCUCCUUUUUAUAAAGGACUCCAGUAAGACGAUUAAGUCCCACCCUGGGCCAUGCCCUAACUGAAAUGACCUUAUCAAAAGAUCCUACUUACAAUGUGUCCACACCUACAGGAAUAGAUUAGCUUUAAGAACCUAAUUUUCUAGGGUUCAAACCACUACACAAGGAUAGCUUCUGGGAGGAGAAAGUGGUUUUGGGGAGCCAGGCAAUCCAGAGCUGUCUCUGGUGUCAAGCUGCUCUUCCUUUGAGCUAACUCAAGUCUGCUGAGUAGUUUCCUAGGCUGCCAGGACCAAGUUCUACAAACCAGCUGACUUAAAACCACACAGGUUUGUUGUCUCUCAGUUCUGGAGGCUUUAAGUCCAGAAGCAAGGUGUCAGCAGGGCCGUGCUGCCUCUGAAGCCUGUGGGGAGAAGACUUCCUUGCUGCUCCCAGCUUCUGGAGUUUGCUGGCAUUCCUUGGUGUUCCUUGACUUGUAGCUGCAGCACCUCAAUCUCUGUCUUCACGGUCACAUGGCGUUCUCCCCUGUGUCCUGGUGUCUGUUUCACUGUGUGUCCAAAUUUCCUAUUCUUUUAAAUCCACCAGUCAUAGUGGAUUAGAGCCCACCCUAUUCCAGUUUGGCCUCAUCUUUGCUGAUAUAGCACCUUCAAAGACCCUAUUUCCAAAUGGGGUCACAUUCAGAAGAUGGGAGAUUAGGACUUGAACAGGUCUUUUGGGAGGACAAAAACCCAUAUCCCAAAGGAAGUGUGGGGCAGGGAUAAGUGUCCAGGGACAUUUGGAUUUGACUUUCCUCAACCCCUUCCUGUGACCUUAAGCAAGAUAUUUAAAUCUGCAAGCCCCAGUUCUCUUCUUCUGUAACAUGGGUACAUGAGUAGAAACCUCACUGCAUGGUGGUGAGGAUAAAACUCAAAAUCAUGAAAUACUACCUGUAUAACAAUUAGACUGACAGCCUGGGACUCAUAGGAUGCAAGCUGAAAGCAACUCUAGCCCUCCCCGACCCCUAAACACACCUGUGGGCUUCCUUUAUUUGUCCCUUAAUGAAAUUUCGGGCAGAACCCAUCACUUUUUUGGUCACUCUUAGAUAAUAAAUGUUCUUCUUAUUGCAUUAAGUCUUAAGAAGAGUCAUUUUAGUCAUUAAGAUGUGCAGCUAGUAAGUAUAUUAUUACAAACCUCCAUAAAUUAGCUGAUUUUACUCCCCCUGCUCAGCCCAGUUUUAUGCCUGGCAGCCUGCCAGGUGGUGGGUGGGAGGCAAGGCCUACUCUUCUCUUUGUUCUGCUUCCCUUGCCUUUCCCCCCAAACCCACAAAAGGCUGCCUCUGGCUCUCCCCAGCUUGCAAGAAAGGGCAGCAGAAAGUCCUGCCAUCUGGGUGGGGGAUCGAUUCCCAGAGCUGAUUUCUGCCCUCCCAAGUCACCUCCAACCAGGGUCCUCUAUCUGCAGUGCGCUAGACACGGACUCUGCUUUUCCUUAGCUAAGUCCCUCCCCCACUCCUGGGCAUCUGCCAGUUCAGCUUCUCUUUAAGCCACACUGUCCCUCCAGGCAGUGCUCUUGUGGGAGCCAAGUGACUUCAAGCUGGCACUGCCAUGGGGUGCACAUCAGGUCCCACACAUUCGCCACAUCGAGAGCGCAGUGCAGUUCUCUCCCAGAGAGCCCUCUCUCCUCCGCCCCUUGUCAGCCUCACUCAGUCUCUUACCUCAGUGUGGCCCUAGAGCUUGGUACCCCAGAAACUCGAGAAGGCACCUGAAACUUCUUGACUGGUAAGGGGAGACCCUGUCUUCCCCUCCUUCAUGGGGGGUGGGGUGGGGGGUAAGGACGGGCCUCCCAGCAACCUCCCCACAACACUCCAACUCACCACAAAAGCCCCUCUCUCCCUUUCCCCCUAACCCUCAACUAUUUUAUACCCUUCAUGUCAGUGACAGCUAUAAAGGUUGCAAAAACAGUUUUUGGAUGCCCUCAUGGCAAGUCCUACACAGGAUUUUAAGUACCUGUUUUUGAACUAUGGACUUAAUGAGCAUUUGGCACGUACUUUUGACCCGCAGCGGUUGGAAUGGAACUCCACCCGAAACUGAGAGAGGAAGAACCCCAUUUUCACAUCCUGUUACAAAUAAUCCAGCCCACAGUAAGGGCCUAGUAAAUGCUCUUUCUCUUUUUGUGUUGAGUGACCCACAGGACACCGCAGGGUCUUGCUGUGUCCCCAGGUCAGCACUGAGAGCAGCAAGGACAGGGCAGGACUGUGAAUGGAGCAAGCACUGAGCUAAAGCUUUACUGAUGUAUCUUGUGAAGGGUCCUUCAUGUUGCUUUAUUUUUUACUCUGUGCUUGAUUUUCUGCCAUUAAGCCCCUGAAAGUAGAGUUUCAAAUAUAUUUAUAACAGAAGAGGUUCCUCGUUUUAUUCUGAACAGCUUUGGAUGUAUAGCAGCAUAAUAUGGCAUGACUCAAAAGUUAACAUUCUCUUAGUUGGUAAAAUUGUACUUAACACUAACCUGUACAAACCAACCAGAUUUCACUCCCAAUUCAAAGUUCCAUGUAAUUAUGGUGUUUGAAUAAACUGACCCUACAAGUUAAAUUAUAUAGUGUGCUACAGAAAAUAAAGAUUUUGCACCUAAUAAACCUCUCUUCCUUUUGUCUCACACAGAAGUUGAAGUUUUGAAACACCAUCGAUAUCAUCCUUCACCCUUUAGUUGAUUUUCCUUGGUCUUAACCAAGUUCAUUUUGUUCUAACAUUUGCUGUAUGGGGUAACGCUGACAUUCAUAGCUGCCAGACUCUGGCUCUGAGUCUCAUUUGUCACAUAGAUACCCAAAGUUCCAGGGACCAUUCAGGUUAUACACAAAGAACUCAGCAUCUCAGAAUUUAGAAAUAGCCAUUACAACUCAGUAAUAGAUGAAACUGCUCUUAGAGCUUACAAUGCAGGAACUUUUAC